AAAACUAGCCUUUACUCCCAGCCUCUGCUCCUUCUUUUCCAACACAACCACAAACUGAACAAAACAAAACAGUUGUGACAAAACUCGACUAUGCUCGCUCUUCUUGUUUCUUCUCUCGAAACAUGUUUAAACUUGUAGCUCUAGAAGGACAAAGUUUGUGUCUUUAUUUAUAUAGUACAUACUAGUGGUGGAGAAGGAGAUGAAUAUUGGUGGUGGCGGCGGCGGUGGUGGUGGUGGUGGUGGGGUUGGAAGUGGGAUGGGGUUAGUGGGAAUGAGGUCACCGUUUACAGUUUCACAAUGGCAAGAGUUGGAACAUCAAGCCCUGAUCUUUAAGUACAUGAUGGCAGGUUUGCCUGUGCCUCAUGAUCUUGUUCUUCCUAUUCAAAAGAGUUUUGACUCCAUUUCUUCACGCUUCUUUCAUCACCCCACCAUGGGUUAUUGUUCCUUCUAUGGAAAAAAGGUUGAUCCUGAGCCGGGGCGAUGCAGGAGAACUGAUGGCAAAAAAUGGCGGUGCUCCAAAGACGCAUACCCAGACUCAAAGUACUGUGAGCGCCACAUGCACCGAGGCCGCAACCGUUCAAGAAAGCCUGUGGAAUCACAUACCCUUACACAGUCAUUGUCCACCGUGUCAUCGCUGACUGUCACUGAAAGCAGCAGUGGGACUGGAAGCUCCCAGAAUGUUCCAUUACAUGCCUUUAGUGAUAUCCAAGUCAGUGGUUCUGGAACUAAUCCGUCCCAUUAUCAAGUAGAGUCUAUCUCUUAUGGAAUCCCAAAUAAAGAUUGCAGGUACCUUCAAGGAGUGCUUAAACCUGAAGUUGGGGAGCAUAGUUUCUUCUCUGAAGCUUCUGGAAGCAAUAGAGGUAUCCAGAUGGACUCACGGCUAGAUAACACAUGGCCUCUGAUGCAAUCUAGAGUCACCACACUUCCCCAGUCAAGAGCAAGCAACACAUCCAUCUUGCAAAGUGAUUAUUCUCAGCAUCCAUUUUUCUGCAGCGAAUUCACUGCUGGAGAGCAUAUAAAACAGGAGGGUCAGUCUCUUCGACCUUUCUUUGAUGAGUGGCCUAAAGCCAGGGACUCAUGGCCUUGUCUUGAAGAUGAGCGAUCCACCCAGACAUCUCUCUCAACUACCCAGCUCUCGAUAUCCAUUCCGAUGUCUUCAUCUGACUUCUCUGCCACACGCUCUCAAUCUCCCCAAGAUAAUUUAGACGGCAUACAUUGAGAAUUUCCAGAGCUAUACCUGGCCACCACAAACAAGUGCUACCAUGCUCACAUGUGUGCUCUAAGAAUUCAUUGACACAUUGAAUCUCUGUAAAGCUCCAUGUUCGUAGGAUGGCUACAUAGAUGUUGUGUAAUAUUUUGCAUUUGCAGGUUGAAGUGUUAGGUAUGAAAUAAAACAAACAAACUGUAGCAGGUAUUUGUGAAGUUAAAAACUUUAAAUUGUAUUGAAUGAAAGAGUAACAAGUUGGUUUGUGAAUAAAGUUUUUGGCUUGUUUCAUUUA